UGUGAGAGCAUUGUACAUCCAUUCUGCCUGCCUCUCUGGUCCUGCUCACUACAAUGGCCAGGCUCGCAUGAAGGAGCUGCGCCUCUCGGUCGGCUGAGACAGACGCGCCUCAAAGCAGCAGCAGCGGCAGCGGCGGUGCAUUCACUGACCGACCAGAAAGCCGCAUUCAGGAAUAUGAGGCAUUUCUGAGACAAAGGUUCGUGUGGCAUCUGAGCUCUUCGGGAUAUCUGUCAGUCCUGGUGGAUUCCUGAGGCCCGUCUCUGUAAGAGCCCAGACUUUGUGUUCCUCCUCAACCCUGCUGCUGCUGCAAAAAAAAAAAAAACUGUCACUAUCCCACGACAAGUCCCUCCUCAUCCUCCUCCCCAAUAGCCGGCUCUGGACUCUGCUACGAUGGACACCGAGUCGACCCACUCUGGCUACUCCAGUCGCUCGGGGAGAUCAAACCGGCACGGAGAUCGAAGCCGGGAGCGACACAAAGGCGGCAGCAGCAAAGACAGUAGCCGCUCUGAGAGAUCGGUGGUCAUCAACCCGCCCGACACGCCGUCCCAGGACUCCCCCGUUCACAACGACGAGCCGCUGCCUGGGGAGCCCUCAGCCGCGGCGGAUCCUGGAGAUGAAGCCCAGGACGAUAACUGGGGGGAAACCACCACUGCUGUUACCGGCACUUCCGAGCUCAGUAUCUCCCAGGAGGAAGUGGUUGGCCUCGGGAAAGAGAUACAGGAUCGAACCCAGGGCUUCCGGCGUUAUCUCCCGCUGGCCGUGGGCUCCUGCGUGGGUCUGCUGGUGCUGGCCACGCCCUUGGUCUUCCUGCUCCUUCCUGUAGUGAUGUGGCCAGACAGACUGCAGGCUUGUGGCGCCGCAUGCGAGGGACUCUUCCUCUCCAUCUCCUUCAAAAUCCUCAUCCUCGUCGUUGCUGUGUGGGCCUUGUUUCUGAGGCCGAGCCGAGCCUGCCUGCCGAGGGUGUGUGUGUAUCGGGCGUUCCUCACCACUCUCACGCUGCUGCUCACCAUGUCGUACUGGCUUUUCUACGGCGUCCGGAUCCUCGAUGCACAGGAUGAAGAUUACCACGGUAUUGUCCAGUUUGCCGUGUCUCUGGUGGACUCCCAGCUGUUUGUUCACUACCUGGCCGUCGUACUGCUGGAGCUCCGCCACCUCCGGCCCUGCUACAGCGUGUGUGUCAUCCGCUCCACGGACGGAGAGACGCGCCACUACAACAUCGGACAGCUAAGCGUCCAGCGAGCUGCUUUGACCAUUCUGGAGUAUUACUACAGAGACUUUCCGCUUCACAACCCGGCCCUUCUCUCCGCCUCUAAACACCGAACUGCCAAGCACCUGGCUGGGUUAAAGGUCUACAACGUGGACGCCCCGGGGAGUACGGCUGCAGCUCAGCCCAGUAAUGGAAAUCAGUCACGGUCCAUGGUUUCACCUGCCACCAAACGCAAAGACAACGCGCACAGCGAGCUGUACUACGAGGAGGCCGACUACGAGAGGAGGGUCCGCAAGCGCAGAGCCAGGCUGGUGGUCGCCGUGGAGGAGGCCUUCACACAUGUCCGGCGCAUGAAGAAAGAAGACGAGAACGCAGCACCGUCUGACAUCAUGGAUGUCCGUGAAGCCGCUCUGGCUAUUUUCCCCUCAAUGGCUCGUGCCCUGCAGAAAUACCUCCGCACCACCAGGAGGCAGCACUGCCACAGCAUGGAGAGCAUCCAGAAGCAUCUGGCUUUUUGCCUAGUCAAUAACAUGAGUCCUAAGGCCUUCCUUGAGGCCUACCUCGCUCCCGGUCCGACCCUGCAGUACGGCCCAGAGCGCUGGAUGGCCGAUCAGUGGACUUUGAUCAGCGAAGCCUCCGUCACCAGCGGCAUUAAGGAGGGGACAGAGUUCCUGCUAAAGUGUCUUGAUUUUAGUUUAGCAGUCACAGUCAAGGGUGUCCCUUACAUCCGCUUGACUGAGGAGUACAUCGACCCCAAGUCGCAUAAGUUUAUCCUGCUGCUGCAAUCAGAAACCUCCGUUUAGCAGGGCGCUGCCGCUCGGUAAAACACAGAACUCUUACCUGACUGAAUUUUUCUAAAAUGACUUUUUGUACUGUUUUUGUACUCAUGCGUGUUGUUUUUAAAAAAUUGACUACCUUGUUGUCGUCAUGAGGGACUGGAACAAUGAUAACGUUUUGAAAAGCAUUUCCUUUUGCAGACGUUUGGAGGGCUCGGUUUAGUUAUUCCUCUAUGCACUACGGACGACCCUCACAAGCACCUGCCGUGCCUCGGAAAAGCAUUCCCUUUGAACUUUUUUAAAUGUUUUUUUAAGUUUUAACCACAAAUUUCAGUGUGUUCUAUGGGGGUGUUUUUGUGAUGGAGAAAAUAUUGAAUAAUCGUCAUGUAAGAGGCCAAACUUUUCCAUUUUGUUACCUAAAAAUCUGAAUAAUGCAUUUGAUUUCAGCAAAUUACCUUCAGCUGCAUUUACGGGUGCAAAGUCCAGCUUUGCACAUUUAGGGAAAUUCAUGCUUACUCUUCUUUCCAAAUUAGCUCAAGUUCAGCCAGAUUGGGUGGAGAACUUCUGUGAACAGGCAUUUUAAAGUUUUAACAGAGAUUUUACUUUGGAUUUAGGUCUUAGGCCUUUAGAAAUUACUCCGCGUUUAGUUCCAGCCAUCCUCCCAUCUGCUCAGACAAAACCUUCCUUUGGGGUGUUUCACAGGGUGAUGCAGACUAUUAGUUUUCCACCACACAGUGUUUUGCAUGAAGGGAAAAACGUUAAAUUUUGCUCUCUUCUAACCACAUGUUCACUGUGUGUCCUACAUUACCUUUGACAAAUGGGAGUUUCUGUCAGCAAUAGAUUUAUUUUUACCACCUUUCCAUAAAGGCCAGAUUUGUGGAUUGCAUGACUAAAAGUUGUCCUGUUGACUGGGUCUCCGAGCUGCGCUGGGGCUCUCUGCAGCUCGUCUUGAAUUACUGUGACCAAUUUGGUGGGUUCUUUUGAUUUUAUUUAGUGGUUUCACUUAAAUGAAGGGGCUGAAUAUAAAUGUGUGCCACACUUUUCGGAUUUUUACUAGUGAAAAAAUGUAAAACCAUUUUUCAUUUUCCUUUGAAUUUACAAUUCUUUACCGCUUUCUGUUGGUCUGUCAAAUCACGCGCCAAAAAUAACACGUUGAAGUUUGUGGUUGCAAAGUGACGAAACGGGAAAAGGUUCAAGGGGUGUGAACAUAUUUUCAAGCCACUGUAUCUUCAUCAUAUUUGCAUUUCUCAGUGUGUGCCUAUGUGCUGCAGGAAGUUUUCAGAACUAGGACAAAGGACCGAUUAUAGCAUGUCUACAGCUUUUUCAUAGAGGUGUACUUUGGGAUCUUUCUUUGGUUAUUCAAUAUAAAAUGAACUCUUUUUACCAGAAUUUUUAUACUGUCCGAAAGUCUUGAGUCGUCUCUUGUUUUUUUAUAUAUAUUUUACUUCUAAGAAGCCGGACUGUUUGUAAUAUCUUAAAGUGGUCUUGAUCACUUGUUCUACGGUGAUUUUCAACGUUCUUUUCAUUUUAGUUGUUUUUUAAAGUCCAAAGGGAACGUAAGAUGAUCCAUCUGAAGGCUUAAAGAACUGUUGAUCAAGACGACUUUAAACGAGCACAAGGAAAUCUGACCCCUUAAAAGGAAAAUGUAAAAUAUUUGUGGUAGUUUAAUACUUUAGCACAGUACUUUACUCCUUUUUUUAACAGUAGCCAUUAUUAUUUAUAAUCAUCCUGUAUUACAGAUGUAUGUACAGUAUUUAUAUGUAAAUACAGUUUUGUCCUAUUUGGCUUUUUGUUACUAAAAUUGUGCAUCGUUUUGAUACAUUUUUAACGUUUGUAAUUUUGUUCUACCCUGUUCAUUUAUACAUCAUUUGAUAAGAUACUUGGAAUUAACUAAAGACAUGCAAAUAUCAGCGAAAAUGCUCCAGUCACAGAUUAUGGAAAACACACGUGGCAACUCUGGUUGAGUUUGUCCAGCUCAAUGCUUGCUCUGUACACUCUUAAAGAAGCCUGCAGACUGAUAGAACAUAGAUCAUUAGUUUAACAACUUCUCGUUUUUGUUGUGUUCAACUUGUAGCUCAUGAUAGUUCUUCAGCACUUCAUGACUGAAAUUGAGAAAUAGCUAAAAAAAAAAAGUGUGAAGGAAAGCGAGCACAAGGCAGCCGAGGAGCACAGCUGAAAGUUGCCAAAGAGCAAUGUAUCGAUGCAUUACGUAGAGGCCACUUGAGAUGAAGGUAGAGAAGUGUCAUACCUUGUAUGAAAAUUUGCAAGAUGAAGAUUUAUUUAGUGAUUUGUCCAGUGAGGAAGAGAUAGUCUGCCUGUAAUUCGACAAAACGGGGAAAGAUAGCUGGUGACAAAAAGGGUAAGCAUUCAGGUAGAGUAUUUCUGCUCCAGUUCUGACCAGCAUUGUUACUCUGACGCACUAGAUUUGUGUCAGUACUGUCAUUUCUCUCUCCACGGCUGUGUCAGGCAUAGCUGGCUUUCUAUUCACAAGCUGUGCAGAUGUUUUGUAGUGGCAUAGUGGCAGUGAAUGGAAGCAGCUGAAAGUCACACACAUAAUAACUCUGUUUAACUGCACUACAGUAAUAUCAACUUAGAAACUAUUUCAAAGAAAAUGUCACAUCACUCACUCUAUGUCCAAGUUUUCUAAAACUAGUAUCCAGUUUUCCUAUGCAGUCUUGAUACUUUCAGUCUGCAAAGGUUGGAAUUUCCUUGUGACCCAUGACUUCAAUUGCUUUUUCAGGACUAGAUACGCAUGAUAAUAUGAAAAUUGAGAAUUAAAAAAUUUAAUUUGAAUUUCCCGAGUUUAGAUGAUAUUCCAUUUACUAAAUGAUAGAACCCUUAAAAUCUAGAAAAUAAAGAGCAUUUUACAUAGUUGUUCAGAUGAUCAUCAUUGUUUGGCUUGUCACAUCUUAACUUGAGUUUUUGUCCAUCUUAUUGGUGAGUUUGGUUUUCAAGUUACUUACAGAUAAAAAAAUAAUAAUAAUAAAUUUGAAUUUUGCAGGAUGGGAGUGGUGGGUGAGGGGGGGUGGGGUUACCCUCUAGAUCUGUUUGCUUUUGUGCUUGAAUCUGAAUUAUAGGGUCUGUGUUUAAUCAAUAAAAUCCCAGUAAUUUUUCAGAACUAUAAAUUCAAACUGAUCUAAGUUUGUCCAGGUGCAAAAAAAAAAAAAAAAAAAAAAAGUAAUUUACAACAUUCAGGUGGUAAAUGACUUUUUACCACAUUGCUGAAUCUUUAUCACUGUGUUGUUACCAGAUCUUUUGGAGAGAGAAAACAAAUACAACCCAACUAGGUGAAUGUUUUGUACUAAAAUAUCCGCGAUAUGAUAAAAUCUCAUAAAACAUUUAUAGAAAGCUGAGUGUGGAAACAACUGAAAUGUUUUAUUAAUUCUUUUUUCAUCUGAAAUUUUUAAAUGGAAGUUUUGUAGGGAUCAGGAAUGUGUAUUGAGAGAAGGUAUUUGUUGAAUUCUGUUAUCCAGACAUCAGCAAAUGUUGUGUUCUAUCUAAAGUCGUAAAAACUAUAGUAAAUUAACUAAUAGAUUUCAAACAUCCCCAAGUCAAAACAAAAAAUGUGAUUUUGUUUUGUUUUGUUUUUUUGUUUUUUGGGUUGGGGGGGGGGGAUUCCAACUGAGAUCCUGUUUUGGGUGAAUAAUCUCACUCCCUUUUCCUGCAUGGUAGUACUAUUGAGGAAAGUAAGAGUGCUUGCUCCGUUUUUUUAUAUCCAAAGAGUAGCCACAAAUCCAUUUAACAUAUCCUUGUUAUAAAUUCAAGAAAUGUUGUGUUCUUUUUAUGCUUUUAACAACUUGUGUGUUGAAACAUGUCUCCAUCAAUUAAUAGUUCUCCAUUUCCUUUUUAGAGAGGUGUGACUGCAAAAGCUCCUUUUGUGUCAGAAAAAAAAAGGGUUUUAAAAAAAUGUUCCCACUUAAAAAAAA